AUGAUUGAAUCUACAACUUCGCAUCAAGACUUCCAACAAAGGGCAAUGACGGGUUAUGCUCUAGAACAACCGUCGUACCGGAUUCGCGGCGCGUUGUUUCGUCACAACGAAGACGGCAGAUUACUAUCAGGGUGUGGCGGUGACAUUGAAGUGAUUCAUUCGUUAGAACUUGAGAGAUCGCAGCACACUGGAAUCCCAGUACGCGUCACAAAUGUUGUCGUGUUCGGUUCGCACGACACAAUUCGAGAAAUUCAACCAAUCGAGGGAACCGAGGAUAUAAUCGUUCAUGGUGAUUAUUAUGUAUCGAUUAUUCAAUCGGUUGAGCUAUUCGAGAGCUCAACAGUAUCGCGAUCUCGAAUUCUCAAGCUUCCCGGAAAAAUUGUUGCGAUGAAUGGAGAGAAGCACUCAAAAACUGAGCUUCUUCUCUGUUUUCUUCUCGAAAACGGAUUACACCAUUAUUCGUUCUGUGCUCACAGCAAACUCCAUUUUCAAUGUAUUCAGGCGUUUCGUUGCACUCGCCCAAUUACCAGCGGCCUUCUUUGGCGAGAUUCCGGCCUUCUGCAUGUUGCCUACUACGAUGGAUUCGUCAGGGUCGGUGUCGUGCAUGAGCAAUAUGAAGACAUGCUUUUGGUCAAGAGGGUAGCCGCCAACCGGAACAAUCUUCCAGUUCUUCUUGACGUCGUUUCUGAGGAAAUUGGAAGAAUUCAGAAGUUCGAAGAAUCUGAAACGCAACGACGAAACGAUAUGCUGAAUGUAUCGAAGGGUUUGGCUGAGAGAAUCGGCCAAGAUGAUCAUCAAGACAGUGCUGAAAACGACACAACGAACGACGAUUUCGCAAAAUUGAAAAUUGAUUUCAAAAAUCAAUCGAUUCGAUGUGAGCGGGUCUCGCAACGACUUGUAUGUUUGCGGAAACUCGUCGGAAUCAUCAAGUUCGCAAUGGAAGCUGAUGAGCUUAUCGAGCACAACCUGAAACUUCUUGUCACCGAGUUCGAUGAGCUCGAGAAACUUGAGGCACUCUGCGAACAGGUGUACAGUACCGGCAACGAGAGCCUGAUCGGCAAAAGCUGGAUCGCGGUGGAAGAGAAGCGAAUGGUUGUUGAUGAGCUGAUAAGCAAAGUGAGCGCUGACAAUGUCUCGAAGCACGCGGAAGAAUGGGAGCAGAAGAUGGAUCAGAUCAUCGAGCAACUGAACGGAUGCAACGAGUCGCCGAAGGAUAUGCGUCUGAUUCUCAGCCAGAACAUCUUCGAACAUCGCGGCGACAAAUCGGACGUAUUCACCCAUUUCGUUCUCGAUCCCAACGCACGAGAUGUCACAUUGUACUGUCUUUCUGGUCUGAGUACGGUAGCUAUUUAUCCAAGAAAGGGAAAACGGGUUGCUUCCAUUUCGCUAGACGCCUCAUUCGCAACAAAACUCACGGCGGCUUGUUCGAUGAAGUCCAUCGAAGGGGUUUACGUAGCCGACGACAAUGCGGUCUUCCCAAUUUAUUUCUACAGACAUCGAACGAAAACUGGCCGAGGAGAAAAACGAUUCCUUGAUGCUGGAAAUCAAGUUCAAAUCCCUCCAUUCGAUAAUAUCACUUCAAUUUUGAUCGAGCCUCAUCAAAUGUUUUUGGGUAGUGUGACUGGUGGUCUGCUUCAUCUCUCAUUCGACUAUUCCUCGAAUUAUGAUCAUUUCGUUGUUGCAAGUAGUAUGCUAGCCCAUCCUGUUUCCACGGGACCUGUCCAUUGUAUUCGACUACUCGGAACUGGAGAAUCUGUGCUGGCGAUUCACGGAACCGACACAGAAGUCGUCGUGUCUGAAAAGGACCAGGAUCGCUGGCAUCGAGUCACUCAGCAUUCCGGAGGAGCCCAUUGUAUAGCAGUCACGCCGUUUUCGGUUGCCGAACGCGGCGCAUUCGCGGUGGUCGGAAGCCACACAUUUGUUCGGCUCAAAGCCCUUCAGUACGCCGAAGAGAGCUUGAUCGGAUUGCACGAUCUCGGAGAAUCUCAUGCCGAAGACGAGAACAAUCGACAGAUCGAGGUGUUGAAUGUGAGCCUCGAUCCUUCAAUGCAGUAUCGGCAAAUGCCGUGCAAACUUCGCUAUGCUGUCGGCUAUGCGGACAAGGCCAUCAGAACAUAUGUUGCAUUGCUGACCGGCCAGCACGAUUUUCUGGUGACUGAGAAGUUCAUCGCACAAAUCGAACCACUGUACAAUGUCCAACAAAUGAUCUGCUUCUUCGGAAGGCCGAUGGGAUGCUAUGUGAGCUGCGCCAAAACUCUCCAAAUUUGGAACGAUUUGGAUCGACAUCAGCAAAAGAAAUUGAAGAGUGAGCGAAUGCAGCUGCAUAAGAUGCAAUCGUCUGUCACAUCUCUCGACAGAAUCGAAGGUUAUUUAAUGGUUGGAUUUAAUGAUGACCGGGUGUCGAUUUAUGAGGAAAAAGGAUCCGGAGCAAUCGAAUUGGUGGGAACUAUUGAGGGAUGGCAUCAAAAUUCGAAUGAACGACAAGUCCAAUUAUUGCGGACAAGAAUUUUGCGAACUUCGAAUGGAACUCGAUUGUUCAUUCAUUCACUUACUCCUCAUCAUAUUUUGAUUCACACGAUUCUUAUAAUCGAUUCCAAAAUUGAUCAGCACGACUUUAUUAUUGCUCACGAACAUUCGAUGCACGCGCCAACUGGAUUCGAAUUCGUCUCUUACAAGUACUUCGAAUUUCUGGUGUUCGGCAAAGGAAUAUCCAUCGAGCGUCUUUCAAUCGAAACAAGAAAGCAAAUGGAUAAUUAUCGCGAUUUCGAGUUUUGCUGA